CCGCAUGAGCCACGGGUAGUUGACCUCAUGUGCGCGCUGCGCCAAUGACUACACAGCUUGUGAAGAACCACAGUCCGCCCAUGAUGGGUACUACAGAUACACUCGAGGGCCCUAAGGACCGGGAAGUCCAGAGUCGUUCGGUGGACGGUCAGCCGGGAGAGGCAGAAAUACAGAAACAAGCCAAGGGCGCUUUUCCUUUCCUCAAACUGCCAGGAGAGAUAAGAAACAUGAUAUACGCCCAUAUUUUGGCCUCUCACGAAGCUAUGAUAAAUGAACGAGGUCUUCUUGAUCAGCCGCCCAUCACACGAGUCAACAGACAGACUCGAGCCGAAACCCUUUCACGAUAUUACAGGACGGUUUCGGUCUUCUUGAUUGAAACGGAGUCUUCGAAUGAAUGGGUUGGAUAUGUUAAGAAGGCCUUGGAUGCGUUCACCAGCGGCCCCCUUGGCUUGUCCAGGGCGCAGAGCUCAUUGCGACAUGUCAACUUCAUGAUGUUGGACUUUAUAACAAAGAGCGCGACGCCAGACAAGGAUGUUCAUAUCCAAGUUGACCUUGGUAGUGAGCCGUUGGACCCCAUCCUAAACCAUGAUCGUGGAGACCUUUCUGAGGUCGUGGCGGUCGGGAUCCCUACCAUGGAUUGGACAGACGACGACGCCGUCCGGGCCGCAUGCGACGAGGCAGCGACGCGGCUUGAAGAGAUUCUGACCAAAAGGCUCGCUCAAGCUGAGGAGCAUGAGGAGCACGAGAACGACGAGGUCGACGAGGAUCACGAGGCGAUCCAGCGCAUUGCAACAUCGACCCCAGAAGUACUAAGGGCCGCGGUGGAUGCCAUGCGGCUUUUCAUAUCGGCAUGUCCACAUUUGAAGCAUGUCUCCAUCUACGACAGCUCUUGGUGCCAGUGGUGGGCUGUAUAUGUGGGCUAGAUCUAUGG